ACUUCUUUAAAAACUUUUGGAAAUUCAAGGAUCGAGUUGGCGUUGGAUGAGCAACGGAGACUAAACAUUAGCGUCCACAAUGCUAAAGUGAGGGGAAAACCGAGAGAUACAACCAUGGACUUCAUCUAUAAGUAAAGAGCGACCUGAGACCUGGAGUCGUCAUGUGAUGUGAUGUGUUGUGAGAGACAAAGACGGCGAGAGAGAGAGAGAGAGAGAAAGGGGAGGAGGUAAAAGGAGGAGCCUGUGCUUUAAGAUUGCCUCCACGCGCCAUCAGCACCAAAACUUGCAGCCUCCCAUCUAUCACCCAUCCUUCAGUCCUGGUUUCUUCCAGAUCGGUGCACACAACAUGUGCAUGAUGCCACGCUGAAGCAGCAGCAGCAGCAGCAUCAUCACACUCUCUGCUCCCCUGCUGCCCCUGCUCUUUUGCUGCGGCUGCUGUUGACUGGAUUAUGGUCACAACCCCCGCGGUGCCAAGGUGGAGCCGCCGCGCGUCUCUCGGAUCGGUGCGCUCCUGCAGGGGCUGGGAUGCGCACCGGGAACCUCUCGCUUCCUGCCGAGUUUCGGGGGUGAGGAGCAGGAGUCCGGCAGCCGCCCCAGGAGGACGCAGUCCACCCGCGGUAGGAUGCCGGUGAUGCGGGGGCUUCUCGCCCCGCAGAACACCUUCCUGGACACCAUCGCCACGCGUUUCGAUGGAACCCACAGUAACUUUGUUCUGGGGAACGCUCAGGUUCAGUCCCUCUACCCCAUCGUCUACUGCUCCGACGGUUUCUGCGAGCUCACCGGCUAUGCCCGCGCCGAGCUCAUGCAAAAGAGCUGCGCCUGUCACUUCCUGUACGGCCCGGAGACCAGCGACCGGCUCACGGCUCAGAUCCAAGGAGCUCUGGAUGACAGAAGAGAGUUUAAGACGGAGCUGGUCUUUUAUAAGAAGGAAGGAACGCAGUUCUGGUGUCUCCUGGACAUUGUGCCAAUCAAGAAUGAGAAGGGAGAGGUGGUUCUUUUCCUUGUGUCCCACAAGGACAUCACGGACAAGAAGAAAGACCAGGAUCCUGAGCAGGGUCCCGAGACAGACGAGGAGACGGGACUAGAGGUGCACAGGGUGACUCGCCCUCCGGGCUUCAACGCCAACCGCCGCCGCAGCAGGGCUGUGUUGUAUCACCUGUCAGGACACCUGCAGAAACAAGACAAGAGCAAACUCAAGAUCAACAAUAACAUGUUUGGGGACAAACCUCCAAUCCCAGAGUACAAGGUGGCAGCGAUCCAGAAGUCCCGUUUCAUCCUCCUUCACUACGGCACCUUCAAGGCUGGCUGGGAUUGGCUGAUCCUGCUGGCCACCUUCUACGUGGCUGUCACCGUGCCCUACAACGUCUGUUUUACUGUGGUGGGAGGGCGGGAUGAAGGCGGGGCCAGCGGUGGAAGCACUGCCCCAAGGAGUCCGCCGAGCGUUAGUGACAUCCUGGUGGAAAUCCUUUUUAUCUUGGACAUUGUGCUGAACUUUCGAACCACUUUUGUGAGCACGUCAGGUCAGGUUGUGUACGACGCCCGCUCCAUCUGCGUUCACUACGUCACCACCUGGCUGUUUGUCGAUCUCAUUGCCGCCCUGCCCUUUGACCUGCUCUAUGCUUUCAACGUCAGCGUGUAUUUCGGCGUCCACCUGCUGAAGACGGUGCGUCUGCUGCGUCUGCUGCGAUUGCUCCAGAAGCUGGAGCGCUACUCCCAGUACAGCGCCGUGGUCCUCACGCUGCUCAUGUCCAUGUUCGCGCUGCUGGCUCACUGGAUGGCCUGUGUCUGGUACUUCAUCGGUCGCAAGGAAAUGGAGAGUCCUGGCUCCUGGGAUAUUGGUUGGCUCCACGAGCUGGCAAAGCGACUGGGUACGCCGUACUUCCCGUCCUCGCUCCUCCCCCCCACGGUCAGCAGCUUCCUGUCCAACGCCAGUAGCAUCAGCAACAUCAGCAUAUGCAGUGACAACAGCAGCAGCAGCAGCAGCAGCCAUUGGCAUGUUUUAGGAUCAGAGGUCGGAGGACAGGGAUCCUGGAAUUCCAGCCAGUAUUAUGGAAACAUAUCAGGGACCCAGGCUGCGUCAGGGGCCGGGGGAGCCGCUGGUGGAAGUCUUGCUGACCUGGGUGGUGGGCCGUCCAUGCGCAGCAGCUACGUGACGUCGCUGUACUUUGCCCUGAGCAGCCUGACCAGCGUGGGGUUCGGAAACGUGUCGGCCAACACUGACUCAGAGAAGAUCUUCUCCAUCUGCACCAUGCUCAUAGGAGCUCUGAUGCACGCCGUGGUGUUCGGCAACGUGACCGCCAUCAUCCAGAGGAUGUACUCGCGCCGCUCGCUCUACCACACCCGCACCAAGGACCUGAAGGACUUCAUCAGGGUCCACAGACUGCCCAAGUCCCUUGAGCAACGCAUGCUGGAGUGUUUCCAAACCACGUGGUCUGUCAACAACGGCAUCGACGUGAACGAGCUCCUCAAAGAUUUUCCUGAUGAGCUGCGGGCCGACAUCGCCAUGCACUUGAACAAGGAGCUACUGCAGCUGCCGCUGUUUGAGUCAGCCAGCAGGGGGUGCCUGCGCUCGCUCUCCCUAAUCAUCAAGACCUCCUUCUGCGCCCCGGGCGAGUUCCUCAUACGGCAGGGCGACGCCCUCCAGGCCAUUUACUUUGUUUGCUCGGGGUCCAUGGAGGUUCUGAAGGACAACACGGUGCUGGCCAUCCUGGGUAAAGGAGAUCUAAUUGGCUCCGACUCGCUAACGAAGGAGCAGGUGAUCAAGACCAACGCUAACGUCAAGGCCCUGACCUAUUGCGACCUGCAGUACAUUAGUCUGAAGGGUCUCCGAGAGGUUCUGAGGCUCUACCCGGAGUACGCUCAGAAGUUCAUCAGCGAGAUACAACACGACCUGACCUACAACCUGAGAGAAGGACACAGAGCUGACGUAGACUGGGAGAGUAACGGCGGCCUGGUGAAGAAGCUGCCAUCGAUUCGUGAGGACGAGGAAGGAGGCGAUGAUGACCCGAGCUCUGUGUGUCGCGCUCCUCGGUCUCCUCUGCGUCUCAGUCGCGGUCUCAGCUCCCCCGUUCGCUCCCCACUGCUUCCACCACGACCUUUCAGAGCACCGGCUGAGCACGGCCGUCCCGCCACGCUGCAGAUACCAGUGCUGAGCUUUAGUGGAGCCCCACCCGAGCUCAGUCCCAGAUUUGUGGACGGCAUCGAAGCGGAAACGAGUUCCACUUCGUCGCAAAAGUUCGAGUUCAGCCCCAGUCUGUCACCAGCAGCUCCAUCCUCACCCCAACCAGUAUCUCGGGAACACACUGAGAUCAAGCAGAGUGUACAUAAACUGACAGAGGAGAUGAACACUUUGUCUAAACAAGUCUCGCGACUCAGCCAGGAGCUUCAGGAAAUGACGCUUAUCCUCAAGCCCCUCCUCCAAGCAGCUACGCAACCAAGCCUCACGGUGCCAAAUCUAACCCCGCCCCCCAGCAGUGCCAGCCAGUUGUCGACAAGCGUCUCUGUGCCCUUGCCCUCCGCCACACCCUGCUCCCUGCAGAGACCCGACACGUGUUCCCUGUUGGACAGUGGAGACAUCGAGGGCGUGGAUUUGCCUCGAUGUCUUCUCCCAAUGCCUCACGCCCAGAAAAUGUGUUCUAAUCCAUCUCCAGGUAAACCCCCCGUGGCCAAAAUUCUCUGCUCCAUAAACUGUGACCUCCUCUCACGCGACACCAACGUUCUUCCUGAGGAACCUUCGGCCAUGCGGAGCCGCAGCGCUUCCGCUACCAACGGGACGUUUGUUCCAUCAGCGCAGGAGCAGCCGCUGUUGCUUUCUCAGACCCCGUCGCCGUCCCUCUCGUUUUCCAUGUCUCUCUCUCCCUCGGCCUCCCGCUCCCCCUGCCAAGGACCGCACCCCUCACGGCCUACAAGCAGAGGUUUGCUGCUCCCACCGUCACCUUCUCAAGAGAGGUCUCUAUCUCCACCUCCGUCCUCUCACCCCUACUGUUCAGCCCCGCCGUCACUCUCCUCCUCCCCCAGAGACAGACGGCCCGGUCCUCCACCCUCUAACCCUUCAGUAAUAUCUCCGUCGGUCCCUUUCCAUCCGUCCACCUUCUCCCUGCCGCUGUCUCUUGACUUUAGCAAACAGAAAAGCCGGGCGGACACACUGUUGCCCGGCUGGCGCAAUUCGCACGAGCACCAAAUCCACCGCGGUGUAAGUGGAGCGGGCACUCGUCCCCAAGAGAUGGAGAUGCGCGAGCGGACGGGUCAGCAGGGCGAAAAGGAAGCGGAGGAGGAGGAGGAGGAAGAGGAGAGGAAUUCCUCCUCUCCUGUGGAGCGCAUCAGCUUUAUUGACGAGGAGGAGCCGGCGUUGUGAGCGAACGAACAAGAGCAAAAUUGAAAGCGAGCAGCUCGUCAGGAAAUGGGGACGACAGUGGCCGCUCUGCCUCCAACAGGAAAUGGGGCGGAGCCCUGCUGGUGGCUGUUGGAAACAGCCAGGGUCGUAGGAGCAGUGAUUAUUCUGUAUGCUGAUGAUUCACAGAUUUACACAAACUGCCAAACAGCAUAUACAGUACACUGCUGCCACCUCGAGUACUCCCAGGGUUACUAUCAUCUCUGGAGUUUUGCCGCGGUCAACUCUGAAGUUGUAUGUCGGUAUUUACCAACGCAGAACUUACACCGCUGAUGCUAACGAUACGUAAAACAUCACAUUGAAUCAGUCGUCGUCGUCUCAUUUGAGGGACGACUUUUAAAGUCGAGGGCGCUCUUUAAAAUAUAUACGUACUCGCUGUCACUGAAGUUUAAUUUGCUGGUGAACAACAGCAGCUAUCAGUUAGCCUAAGUCUACAGGGCCUUAAGGAAAUAGUUUGACAUGCUUUUUCUUGCCGUUAUAAUUUGAAUUUGAACUUGAUGUUCUCUCUCCUGCACCGUUGAGCCUGAUGACGAAGAUCUUAGUUUUUAGCUCACAGGUCAACAGAAACAGCUGGUCCACCGCUGCCUCUUGUGGUAUGUCUUAGUCACUGAGGUUGUCUUUAGACACAGUAAUCAUAAUAUAUAACAUUUCAUCCUUCUGGAGAUUACAGUGGAGAUACCUUAGGCCAGUGGUUCCCAAACGUUUUCUGCUGGGCCCCCCCCCUUUGGUUAGUCAGAACGUUUUGAUGUCCCCCGGCCCUAAAGAAAAACAGAUACACGCUUUUUUAUUUUUUUUUCAGACUCGGUUAUUUCACAUAUUUUUUACUGUUUUUACGCACCAUACACUUGUCCGUUUUAUGCUAGCAUUGCUAACUUCGGUCGGAGUUGGCAGGAGUGAGAUCAAACAGAUCGAACGCGCAACAGCCAAAACAAAGCGAGAACUAAAAAUAUCGGCGAUAUUUUUACCGAUAUUCAUUUUACACCUCCUUCAAUCAAUCAGUUUUUGCCAGUCUCUUGUUAAACAGUUACAGCAGUAGUUCUCAAAUUGCGGGGCGGCACCCACUGGGGAGGCGCGGUUAGGUGCCGGGGGGGCGGGACGUGAGGGGCUUCCAAUGGAAUAUGGCACGCUGGACAUAAGUGGACCACUGCUGUAAUGCUUAAAUGAUAACAAGCCUCUCCAGUCACUAGGGGGCAGCAAAUGAUACAGUGGUUUGUACAUAUAAAAAAUAUACAUGUUAUCAGGCUCGCAAUAGUAUUUCAAUUCACAGGGGUGUGAGUUCGGGGCGAGGGCGUGAAAACGUUUCUGUCCCCAAGGGGGGGACAUGACAGAAAAUAAUUGAGUUACAGCAUUGGACAAUAUUCUGCGUUAAGUUGCAUCAAUUCAUUCCAUCUGCGACCCCUGACGACCUGUAAUGGCACUGCGCCCACCUUAGGGGGGCCCGCCCCCCACUUUGGGAACCUCUGCCUUAGGCUUAAGCUGGUGUAGGUUUGAUGAGGUUAUAACCUUUGAUUAAAUAUGUAAGUUCUUUUUUUUUUUUUUCCCAGUCGCUAAACGGUUAAAUCUAAUCCACACUGAUUUAUUUCUCUUAAAUGCCACAACAGUAAGACCAAAUGUCCAAAUUCAAAUUUCUCUCUCUACAUGUUGGAUUUAUAUUUCAAAAGACCUGGUUUCUUUAUUGAACAGAGAUUGGAUAAUACAGGAGGCAAAAAAUUGUACAAUUAUUUUCCCAUCAUCCCCUUCAUUAUUUUCAUCCUCCUCACCAACGUGACUGUUUCCAACCAGCCUUCUGGACUAUACAGCAGACUCCAGACACGUCACUCCCGAGCUUUAGCCAUCCAGCCAUUCGUGCCUUCGCCACACAGAGACAAAGACACUUCCUCUACACUUUUUAUCAAACCUUAACCCAGAAAGCCAUGAACGUCACCUGCACCAGGACAGAAUCUGAUCCUUUUUUAUUUUAAAUCUACCGUAUUUACGAGGCUGGUAUUUAUUUAUAAGGAGGUCGAAAUGAUCAUUUCUAAAACGUGCAAAAAUCAAAUCGGUAGGGAUGUCCGAUAAUAUCGGCCAACCGAUAAUAUCGGCCAACCGAUAUUAGCAGAUUACGUAAUAUCUGUAAGAAUCGUUAUCAGUUUUUUUUUCCUCCGAUAAUGAA